AUGCGUUCCACUACAUUCGUUUCUUCUGCAGCACUAGCCGUCGCUCUCUACGCCAGCCAGGCGGUGGCAACGCCUCCAGCCUGCUUGCUAGCUUGUGCCGGCAAGGUUUCCAAGGAGUCAUCACACCCGUUGAACGAUGUGGCCCACUUCUGUACCAAGGAGAGCGAUGCGAUGCAAAAGUGCUUCUCUUCCAUCUGUCCUGAGGGCAAGGCCGAGGGCGCACUUUCGGCUUUCAAGGCAAACUGCGCCGAGCACGGCAAGCCCGUGAGCAGCGCCUCCUCCUCUUCCGCGGCUUCUUCCUCGACUGCGGCUUCGUCCUCCGCUGGCAGCUCGAGUGCAUCUGCCACGGCUUCUUCCUCUGCCGAGAAGUCGUCCGCCGCACCAUCUUCCUCUGCUUCCUCUGGCGCGAAGUCGUCUGCUGCGCCUUCCUCGUCUGCUGCGCCUUCUGCAUCUGCUUCCGCGUCGCCCGCUUCUUCUGCAGCACCCGUCGCCUCUUCUGCAGCACCAUCCGCCUCUUCUGCAGCACCAUCCACCACUGUUCUAACUCCUACUGGGACUGGCCACGCUGCUUCCAGCGCUACCCCAUCUGUACCAGUGGUAUCUGCAUCCAGCUCUUCUGCGAGCGAUGUUCCUCCACCUAUCGACCAUCCUUUCGAGGGCGCUGCUAACAAGGUGAAGGCUGGUAUGUCACUUGCUGGUGGUCUCGCUCUAGCCGGCUUAUUGUUGUGA